UUCUGUUGUCAUCUCAUCAGUCUUGUAACUUUAACAGAAUAAUUAUUUUUCCAUAAUCUCAUGAACAAAACCACUCAAAAUUAUUAGUUAACACCCCAGUACAAAAUUUUUAAAUAACAGCUAAUCCCAAAUGAAUUUUUACACAAAUAUUUAUUAGUUUAUCGUAUAAGCAAGUCUAUGAAUACUAAAUUGGUGAUUUGGUGAUCUCGAGUCUGCUGAGAUUUGUAAUAGAGUGAGAGAUUAAAUGGUACUCACAGGUGCCAUGGAAAGAAGAAUAAAAUUAAAAACUCUCAAUAGCCACAUUACCUGUAAAAUAUGCCGUGGUUAUUUAAUUGACGCAACAACGGUCACUGAGUGCCUGCAUACAUUUUGUAAAAGUUGUUUAGUUAAGCACUUGGAGGAGAAACAUACAUGUCCGACAUGCCAAAUAGUUAUUCAUCAGUCCCAUCCGUUACAAUAUAUAAGUUUUGACAGGACUAUGCAAGAUAUUGUUUAUAAGCUCGUUCCUGAUCUUCAAGAAAAUGAAAUAAAAAGAGAACGUGAAUUUUAUCGCGCUCGUGGAUUACCAUGUCCAAAAGACGUGUUACCGAACGCCGGUGAUGUUGAAGAUGAAAAAGCGUCGGCAGAUGCUCAUGCUGAAGCUGAUUAUCAUCGUGCUGAUGAACAAGUCAACGUAUGUUUGGAGUGUGUUAACACUAAUCUGAAAACUCUAAAGCGACGUUUCAUAAGAUGCUCAGCUCAAGCUACAAUAACACAUUUAAAGAAAUUUAUUGCCAAAAAAGUGUUGAAUGGAAUGGAAAAAUACCGUGACAUUGAUAUUCUGUGUAAUGAUGAAUUGUUAGGUAAAGACCACACAUUAAAGUUUGUCUACGUGACACGAUGGAGGUUUCGGGACCCACCAUUACGAUUACAAUACCGACCAAGAAUAGACAUUUAAGUAAACUUUAUAUUUUGAAAUAAUGAUAAUGAGAACCGACAGUUAUUCAAAUUUUAACAACUCGUCGAUAUUCGACAAUUCUUCCAAUCAAUUUUUAUUUGACAUUAACUUAUCAUUUAUUAUUAAUUAGCAAUCUAAGUACUGAUUGCGUAUUUAAAAAAGUUAGCAAGUCACCCAAAGUAUUUUGUUUGCAUCGACAUGAAUUUAAUUAUUUAAUUAUUUAUAUUUUUCAUUCAAUAUGCAUAUUAUUGAUUAUUGUUUUAAUGAUAAGUGUGAACAUUUUGAGGAAUUUUAAAUACGGGACGAUAGUUUUAAAAAAUUAAU